AUGGCGAAACCUCUCCCGUCUCCGGAGCAGACAAAAGCUACCAGUGUUGGCGGCACUCAGACAGUGCUAAGUAGCACAACAGCGGGCAGCUACAGGCCCAAGCGUCCAGCGGCUACAGCAGAAGGUGCACGUCCGGAGAAUGAUCCUGCGAGUGACGAUGCAGUCAGCAGCAACAGCUCAGAGGCCGCCCAUAGCAAGCAAGCCGGCUUGACACCAUCAGCGGCGUCAAUGAGCAUCCAGCCUCAGACCCUCAAACACUCACCCGACCCUGCCAAGACCUCAAGCACGGCAUCGACCAACGACAGCAACAAGGAGAACCGCCCACCACUACCGCCUAACGGCCUGACUACACCACCACCAACUCAGGCCUUGAAGCGUAGCCGCGAUGUCUUGGAAGCCUCCGAGGACCAUCCCGACAUCGAGCAACUGCAGCUAUCGAACAAACGCCUGCAAAAGGAGCUGCAAAUCGAGCAGAUAAUGACGAAGAGCAGGCGGUCGAGGCUUGAAGCUGCGAAGAAAGAGGCGGCGAAGAUUAAGCAGCGGGCUAAGGCGGAGGCGGCUGCUCGACAGUUGGCCGAGGAAACUGCGGAGGCGGAGAGGGAGCAGAUGAUGCAUGAGACGCACGUAACGUCGGUGACUGGCAAAGGCGAGUGUAUAAUGGUUGGGUUCGUUUGUUUGGCGCUGGGUGUUUGGUUAGGUACGGCGGUCUGA